GCCGCGCUCUGUGUGUGUGUGUGUGAGUGUGUGUGCCGCUCCCGCUGCUCCUCAUGUCUCUCCACGGAUUCUGACGGAACAAGAUGAGCGCUCGUGGGCCGCGGCUGCUCGCGCUGGUUUCGUGUCUGUGGGGGGUCGCGAUGGGAGCCUUUCCGAGCAGCGUGCAGAUCGGCGGACUGUUCAUCAGGAACACGGAUCAGGAGUACACGGCUUUCCGGCUCGCCAUCUUCCUGCACAACACGAGCCCCAAUGCGUCAGAGGCGCCGUUCAACCUCGUCCCUCAUGUGGACAACAUAGAGACAGCCAACAGCUUUGCCGUGACCAAUGCCUUCUGCUCGCAGUACUCCCGGGGCGUCUUUGCCAUCUUUGGCCUCUAUGACAAGCGCUCUGUGCACACGCUCACCUCCUUCUGCGGCGCUCUGCACAUCUCGCUCAUCACGCCCAGCUUCCCCACCGAGGGCGAGAGCCAGUUCACCCUGCAGCUCCGGCCCUCCAUUCGGGGGGCGCUGUUGAGUCUGCUGGACCACUAUGACUGGAACCGCUUUGUGUUCCUCUACGACACAGACCGAGGUUACGCCAUCCUCCAGGCCAUUAUGGAGAAAGCAGGCCAGAACAACUGGCAGGUAAGCGCCAUCUGUGUGGAGAGCUUCAACGAUGCCAGUUAUCGUCGGCUCCUGGAAGACCUCGACCGGCGUCAGGAGAAGAAGUUUGUCAUUGAUCUGGAACCCGAGAGACUACAGAACCUUCUGGAACAGAUUGUCAGUGUUGGAAAACAUGUCAAAGGAUAUCACUACAUCAUGGCAAAUUUGGGGUUUAAGGACAUCUCCCUGGAGAGGUUCAUGCAUGGUGGAGCCAAUGUGACUGGUUUUCAGCUAGUAGACUUCAGCACACCCAUGGUCCUUAAGCUCAUGCAGCGCUGGAACAAGCUUGACCAACGAGAGUACCCUGGUUCUGAUAGCCCACCCAAGUACACCUCUGCGUUGGCUUACGAUGGGGUGAUGGUGAUGGCAGAGGCAUUCCGGAACCUGCGGCGGCAGAAGGUGGACCUCUCACGCCGUGGCAAUGCAGGGGACUGUCUGGCAAACCCUGCAGCACCUUGGAACCAGGGAUUGGACAUGGAGCGCACACUCAAGCAGGUUCGCCUCCAAGGACUGACAGGAAACAUCCAGUUUGACCACUAUGGUCGGAGGGUCAACUACACAAUGGAUGUGUUUGAACUUAAAAGCAACGGUCCAAGAAGGAUUGGCUACUGGAACGAUGCUGACAAGUUGGUGCUGACCCAGAAUGAAGCUCUGCUUCCCAACGAGACCUCUGGGAUGGAAAACAGAACUGUCAUUGUCACAACAAUCAUGGAGGGUCCUUACGUCAUGCUAAAGAAGAACUGGGAGAUGUACGAGGGAAACGACCAGUAUGAGGGCUACUGUAUAGACCUGGCAUCCGAGAUCGCCAAGCACAUCGGCAUCAAGUACAAAAUUUCCAUUGUGCCAGAUGGCAAGUACGGCGCCAGGGACCCUGAGACCAAGAUCUGGAACGGCAUGGUCGGGGAGCUGGUCUAUGGGAAAGCAGAGAUUGCUGUGGCACCAUUGACCAUAACGCUGGUGAGGGAGGAGGUCAUUGACUUCUCCAAGCCCUUCAUGAGUCUGGGCAUCUCCAUAAUGAUCAAGAAGCCACAGAAGUCCAAGCCAGGGGUGUUCUCCUUCCUGGACCCGCUGGCCUAUGAGAUCUGGAUGUGCAUCGUGUUCGCCUACAUCGGAGUGAGUGUGGUGCUCUUCCUGGUGAGCCGGUUCAGCCCCUACGAGUGGCACACUGAGGAGCCAGAGGAGGGCACUGAUGGGCAGCCAAGUGACCAGCCUCCCAACGAGUUUGGCAUCUUCAACAGCCUCUGGUUUUCUUUGGGGGCCUUCAUGCAGCAGGGAUGUGACAUCUCCCCGAGGUCCCUCUCUGGCCGCAUUGUGGGUGGGGUCUGGUGGUUCUUCACCCUCAUCAUUAUCUCAUCAUAUACGGCCAACCUGGCUGCCUUCCUCACUGUGGAGAGAAUGGUGUCACCCAUCGAGAGUGCAGAGGACCUUGCCAAGCAGACGGACAUUGCGUAUGGGACGCUGGACUCAGGCUCCACCAAAGAGUUCUUCAGGAGGUCAAAGAUCGCUGUGUAUGAGAAAAUGUGGACCUACAUGAAGUCAGCUGAGCCCACUGUGUUCACCAAGACUACAGCAGAGGGCGUGGCACGCGUGCGCAAGUCCAAGGGGAAGUACGCCUUCCUGCUGGAGUCAACCAUGAAUGAGUACACUGAACAGCGCAAACCCUGCGACACCAUGAAGGUCGGGGGCAACCUGGACUCCAAGGGCUACGGCGUGGCCACGCCCAAGGGCUCACAGUUAAGAACUCCCGUAAACCUUGCCGUUUUGAAACUGAGUGAAUCAGGCGUCUUAGACAAGCUGAAAAACAAAUGGUGGUACGAUAAGGGCGAGUGCGGACCCAAGGACUCAGGAAGUAAGGACAAGAGCUCGCAGGCGCUGAGCCUGAGCAAUGUGGCUGGGGUGUUCUACAUCCUGGUGGGCGGUUUGGGCCUCGCUAUGCUGGUGGCCCUCAUCGAGUUCUGCUACAAGUCCCGCAACGAGGCCAAGCGAAUGAAGCUAACCUUCACGGAGGCCAUGCGAAACAAAGCACGCCUGUCGAUCACAGGCAGCGUGGGAGAGAAUGGGCGCGUCCUGACCCCGGACUGCCCCAAGGCAGUGCACUCAGGGCCCUCCCUGCGACAGAGCUCGGGGCUGGCCUUGGUGUCCUCGGACCUGCCGUGAAGACCAAACACACCCUAGUGCCUUACCGCAACCACAAAGCGACGAACAAACGGACAACACCAGGGAGCGUGCCAAGCAAGAGAGGUCUUCAACUGCAACGUUCAUGAAAUAAGCUGGAACAUGGAAGGCAGGAGAAACGGUGGAUGGUGGGACCGGGAGGAAUCACAGAAUGAUGCCAGCGGAGAGAUGCACGUCCGCUUUCACUGUGCCACCUUCAGAUAGGGAUCAGCUGAGUGAAAGGACACCUGUCAGACAGCACCUCCCGCUGGAGAUGGGACGGGAAGGACAAACCCACAUACAAGACCAGAAAACUGUAAACUUGAAACAGACUGUGCCACAAAGCAUUUGUGCCAUUAGCAGUUUGAUAAUGAAUUCAGAUUUAUGCUGGUUGAACACUUUGUCAUAGUCCUGCCAAGUCCAAGAAAUGUUAUUCUAUAACAAAAACUCACAUGGGGAGUAAGCCACAUCAAGUCAAUUGGGAGAUUUAUAAAUAUUAACAACAUAACACUAAUAUAUAAUGAUAAUGAUACAGAUAAGUAAUGA